AUGUCCCAGGACGCGACGCGCCACACGGAGCAUGCGCCCGCCUCCCCGCGCACAGCCCUACUGUUCCUGGAGCAGCUUUGCUCCAAAGAGCCUUCCAGGGCCCAUAGGAAAGGUCGAGGGCCGCCUUCGGAGUGCUCCGGCGCUUUCUCAAGUUCUUGGCCCAGCGCUUCUCUCCAGAAGCAGCUGCCGCGCAGCAGAGCCGCCCAAGGGAGCAGCAACCUCGCGCCGGGCCAGGUGGCAGCACCGCUCUUGGGACUCCCUCCUCCAUCUCCCGCCCGGGGCCGCUCGGGCUUGGCACUGCCGGGCUCAGGCACACACUCCUGCGAGAGUCUCGGCGCGGCGCAAGGAGGGCGCGGAGAGGCGGCGCUGCGCUUCUCGCUUAGCCUUCCCCCGGAGGCAGUGCGGGUGCUGCAGCGCCGAAGUCUGGAGAAGCAGCAGCGGCAACGAGUGCGGACCCCCAGGCACGCCUCGCCCGACGCAGCAAAGCCUCUCCUGGUGCCAGGCUCCAACCCCGGCGGGGACUUGCGCGCCUUGCUCCAGGUCUCCCUCUUGAAUGAGCGCCACCGCUACGACGACGUGGAGUAUGAGGAAGAGGCGCCUGGCGCCACCGGGGCCUGUAAGCCGCUGGACGAAGGGCUGGUGCGGAAGUGCACCGAGUGGCUGCAAGGCGUCGAGAGCGCUGCGGCCCACGACCAAGGCAACAAGCUGGACACCCUGCCCCACUUGAGUACCCUGUGA